AUGCGAGCUGCAAAUAAAGGAAGAAAGCAAAUAGUGUUCAAACCCAGAGAUUGGGUUUGGGUUCAUAUGAGGAAGGAAAUGUUCCCAGCCCAACGAAGGUCAAAGCUAUUACCAAGAGGAGACAGUCCCUUUCAAGUUUUGGAACGAAUUAAUGAGAAUUCCUACAAGCUUGAUCUUCCAGGUGAUUAUAAUAUUAGCGCAAGUUUUAAUGUGGUUGAUUUAUCUCCAUUCGAUGCAGGUAGCAAUUUGGGGACAAAUCGCCUCGAAGAGGGAGGGAAUGAUGAAAUCGAGACCCAAGAGCUAUUAAGUGCUAACGAACCUUCUCUCGAGCUACCUAAAAGACCUAUUACUCGAGCUAGGGCUAAGAAGUUGAAAGAUGCAAUUUUAGCUUUGGUUGAUUGGGUUUGGGGUGAAUCCUUGGCUGGUCUUCUUGAAAGCUCAUGGACCAGCAAGACGAGCAAUCCGUGCACUCUAUUUCAAGCUCACUCAGCUCAACUUUAG